CGGUCUCAAGUCGUACAUUAUUUUAAAAUGGCCGUCCGCCAUGGUCACGACGGAUAACGAGCGAUAGUAUUGUGCGGAGUGUAUUCGUGAAAAAAGUGUUUCUGAUGGCAUCUGAAGCCAGGAUCGCGAGUGCUAAGUGCUAGAGUUGCCGUUGGUGAACGAGAACAGUUCGUUUCAGUGAAGGAAGUGGCAGAAUUUCGACUGGGAAUAUCCGCCGGAAGCAGUUCAACAGCAACACCACGCGCGGAAUCCACUAAGCAAGAAUCAAUAAUUCCUUGAAUGAAGAAGAGGAAGAAAGUGCAAUAAUAUUAUAUUUUCUGUGUAAUCAAACCCGGUCGUCCAAGCAGCAGCCGUACGUGAAAACAGUCAAACAUCGGGAGAUAGUGAAGACCGGCGCGAGUGUGAAGAGAAAAACUCCAUAGAUGAGCAAAUUUUUUGACAGCAAACAAGCUAACCGUGUAUUGGCGGAUAAAAAUACAUAUAAGUGAAGAGAAGCAGUUGAAGCAAAGUGUAAAAAAAAAAAGCUGAAAAAAAACGAGAUCAUUGUGUUUCCAUCUUGUUUUACUCCACCUAUUUUUUUUUUGUUUUUCGGGGCUGUACAGUUAAUUAGUGUAUUAAGAUGAACCGGAAUUUGGUGAGACUCGAGUGUUCCUGCUGCUUUAAUACCAACUAUCGCAACGGUUGCUGGUGCUACUACAAAACGAACCGUACCCGGUGUGGUUUGUCGCCAUCAUCUCACCGUCAUCAUCCCAAAGGAGCAGCAACUGUCGUUAGUUCAUUGUUGUCGUUGUCGUCGUACUCGUCGUAGAAAUCAUCGUAGCCAGCAACCCACCCCCAAUUCGUGCAGAACUCAAGCACGCGCUUCCUAGAGACUACGCAACCAAAUCAAGAGAAAGAGAGCAUACACGCAUCACAAGAGACAUUGUAACUGUUAACAGAAGCGAAAGAAAGACAAGCAGGCAAAAGAGCUUGGAAGACGCGAAGCGAAACAAUUAUCGUUGUCCUCCCCUCUUCGAAAGAAGAUUUCAUCCCAGCGCUCUCCUGUUUAGAAUAUGAUAGGAUUAAGUCGUCGUGGAGUGAAUACUGUACCGCCAUUGAGCUUGCCAUCUACACUGGAGGACAAUACGAGUAAUUGGAAAGGAACACCUUCGGGCCCCUCCGAUCCAUCACAGCAACCCGGUGGACCCGGAGGUCCCGGUGGCCCUGGCGGCCCAGGCGCUGGACCCGGAGGUGGCGGCCCCGGCGGUCAAGGUGGAGGCGUCAACAACUUCGGUGGACCCGGGGGAGGAAACUUCGGCGGGCCCGUGUUUCCUGCUGCCGGUCAAGGUUCCCCCGCAGGAGGCUCCGCGGCAAACAACUAUCAGAAUGUCCCGCCUGGAACUGGAUCGAAUACCCCGCAGUAUACGGCGUCCCCGGCGCCAUCGGGAUCCAGUACGCCGGGUCCCGGGCCACCACAGAACGUAGGUUCUGGAUUCCCACCACCGAAUGCUGGCGGAGGAGGUCCCGGCCCAUAUAAUGGUCCCGGAGGCGGUCCAGUCGCUGGCGGCCCAUUCGGUUCACCGUCCGCCAAUGGUCCUCAGUUCGGUAGGCCGGGUAGUUCUGGCUCGGCCUUCGGCAGUGGGCCUCAUUUUACGUCACCGGGUGGCCCCGGUAGCUUCGGUGGGCCACAGUUUGGUCUACCUCCUGGGUCGCCCUUCGGGCACGGGCCUAACGGUCCGCAGAUGGGCGGACCGAUGAAUCAAGCACACAUGAUGAGCGGUCCGCAGCCGGUUGAUCGAAUGGAUCAGAGGUUUGCUUACAGUCAAUUGAACGUUCCCAGAAGGCAUGCAUACUUCGGACAACCUGACUAUAGAAUAUAUGAAUUAAAUAAGCGAUUACAGCAAAGAACUGAACAGGAAAGUGAUAACUGUUGGUGGGAUUCAUUUGCGAAUGAAUUCUUUGAAGACGAUGCAACCCUAACACUAACAUUUUGUUUGGAAGAUGGACCAAAAAGAUAUACUAUAGGCCGCACACUAAUUCCUCGUUAUUUUCGAAGUAUCUUCGAAGGCGGUGUAACGGAACUGUACUUUAACCUGAGACACUCGAAGGAGUCGUUUCACAAUACAUCUAUUACGUUAGACUGCGACCAGUGCACGAUGGAAACGCUGCACGGGAAGCCCAUGUACACUAAGGUCAUUACCGAGGGUCGUCUAAUACUGGAAUUCACCUUCGACGAUCUGAUGAGGAUAAAGUCGUGGCAUUUUGCGGUGCGGGCGCACCGAGAGCUGAUACCCCGCUCGGUGGUUGCCAUGCACACCCAACAGCCGGAUCCGACCAUGUUGGAGCAGCUGACGAAGAAUAUCACCCGGCAAGGAAUUACCAACUCGACACUUAAUUAUCUGCGCCUCUGUGUGAUAUUAGAACCGAUGCAGGAAUUAAUGUCUAGGCACAAAGCGUACGCGUUGAGUCCGCGAGACUGCCUGAAGACGACGCUUUUUCAAAAGUGGCAACGAAUGGUGGCACCACCGGAGCCUAACCGUAUUCCAGACGCGCAACGUCCAGCCAACAAACGGAGGAAACGCAAGGGCUCCAGUUCCGGUGCCGGGGCGGGCAAUACCGGUCCACCGGUGCCAAGCAAAAAACGAUCUCCCGGACCGAACUUCUCGCUAGCGUCGCAGGUGGACGUAAUGGUGGUGGGUGAACCCUCGCUGAUGGGCGGCGAGUUCGGUGACGAAGAUGAACGGCUCAUUACCAGGCUAGAAAAUACGCAGUACGAUGCGGCCAAUUCCCUAGAGCACGACAGUCACAAUGCAUUCGGUGGUCACAACGAUUCGCCGAUGACGGGUCCGGGCGGUCCCGGUGGUCCUAACUCGUGGCAGGUGGAUCGGGGAGGUGGUCCGGGGGCACCGAACAACAGCGGGCCGGCCAGUCAAGAUUCGGACAAGAAGAGCCCAUCGGUGUCCCAGUGACAGUUGUAAUAUUAUAGGGUGAAGGAAGAAAACCCGUAGAGCAGAGCGGAGCACCCUAGCUGCCUAGAGCUCUACUAACCCGCCCCUGGUACCGGCACUAACCGCGCAUACAUACCAAGAAUUAGACGCAACAAUCCAGAAUCAAACCGAAGCAACAGCAGCAGCAACAACAACAACAACAACAACAACAACAACAACCGAAUGCUCAUCAUUCAUCACGAUUUCCUGCCGGGGCCCUAAUCCGGUAUCCGGAUUAUCCUGGCGACGUGAGACGAGAGCAUCGCACCAUCCGUCGGAUUCGUUGGGAACCGCGAAUCCGGAAUCAUUCUUUUUCGUUCUCCUGCGGCUAACAAGAUUUCCUAGAGUAUAGAAAGCGGCGACGUAUGGACGUAACAGCAGACACGAGAUCGCAAAAUACUUACAAGUAAAUUCUCUGAUAAUUCGUAUACCGUGCAACAGGAAAACAAAACUCCAUAACUGCUGAUGGUUAGGUGUGUUCGACCUAUUCAAAUUCGAAGUUUGGAAACCAAAAUUAUUGAUGGCGCCCGCCUUCGACGCCAACGUGUGAGGGCUUUUGAACGUGAACAGACGAAUAUCGAUCGUGUUUUUUUUAACUUGGUUUAGGAGAUUUUUUAGCCACGGGCUAGUUCAUCUCCGACGAAUAUCUAUCGGACAUUUGUACUAAGCCGGGGAAGUCAACAUGAUUUCAGAUCGUAGGAGCUUUCUCAGCUUGGCGAUGGCUUGAAACAUGCAGCCAAAUUCGAGCCAUGCUGUGCAUCAUCACCUAAGCAAUAAACUUUGGGCUGAUUCACAACGAUGAGACACUGCCGUAUUGGUCAAAGGCGAUUGGAAUUCAUGGCGGCAGAAAAACCAACGGAAUUAGCAUAGACGCGUAGCUACCGUUUGAGACUAACCGAGCAACAUUGCAAGUUUUGUUGAGGUUUUAAAGCAUUAUUUAACCCUAAAUCAUGAUCUACAAGAGUAUGAUCAAACCUGGGUCUGGCGACGGCCAAUCGCAGUCAGCUUCAGAAUGCUGCGGUGGAUUACAAAUUGUGAAAUAACACAAAUCAAUGCGUGACUCUCGUGAUUUGUGAAAAACUAACGGUUGGCUUUUCACUCAAAAUUCAAUGCUUUUCAUUUAUUUCCUUCUCACAACAGCAACAAAAACUGUUUCGAUUUGGACAGUUCAAAUUGACUCGAAAAUCAUUACAUCUCCACCCCCAGGAUAAGACCAAAGUUGUCAAUUUGGGUAGUUGGGUAGUUACGAUGCGUUGGGUACCUGCUAUUAAUGGGAGCUAAAUCGUACCAAUUUCGGUUUCAUUUCCCUAUUGGCAUGGCCAAUUGCGCCUGGAGCAACGAAUGCCAGUGGCGCAAAUUUACUGGGAAGUUGAACACUUGCCUGUGGUGGUGGCGUUUGUACGUCGGUUGGCUGCUUUUGGACGUUGUCUGCAAUCCGACGAAUGAUUUCAUCGUUCUUGAUGCACUGCCACCGGAACUGGUAGAACUCAUCCAGGCGAGUCUUGCAGAUAGUGCACAACGAGGAGGGAGUGCCAUUCAGGGGCGAUAUCUGGAAUGGAAGAUACAUGGCCAACAAAUCAGCGACUGAAUUCAAUUGAAUCAGAGCAUUUUCUUUCCAUACGAAAUCUACUCAUAUUU